AAAAAAAAAAAAAAGAAUGGGGCAGGCAGUCAGGAAUUGAACUGGAACAGCUGUAGCAGUAGAGUCCUUGUAAGGAAGCAUCUAGUAUGAGACAUUGUGUGUGCACAUGUGUGUGUGGUUUUAAUUAGUGGAAAUACUUGAAGCUUCCUGCUAACCCAAGUUUACAUUCCCAAUAUUUGUUUCUGAACUGUGAAAUGCAGAGAGAUAAGCUAUGCUUUCAUACGAAGAAAUGUAACUAGUGUAGCUGCCCUCAUGUCCAUUUCUCAGGUAAAAUUAGAAAUAGAGCACAAAUACAUUUGGUAGGCUACGGACAAUCUCUCAGUUGAAGGGCAGGUGGAUUAACUAUUUAUACAAAAUAUGCACAUCAGCAUCUCUAAGCUAAUCUGCGUCACAUUGGAUGUUCAUGGUGAAGAAUGAAAGGCUGAAUUGAGAGUCCAAGUUUCAGAGAGCAACUGGUAACAUGGAUUGCACCUCGGAAGGGGACAGCUGAACUCUCCCUUUGGCUUUAGUGAGGAAAGAGCAGCGAUGAAAUCCGUGGACUGUGUGCACGUCAUCCAACAGAAGGAUACCGCCUCCUCUCCCUCUGCCCCCCCUGGUGCUGCUUCAGGCACCACGGGACUUUUUUCUGUCACAUUCCUGUGGCUUGCAAUGCUCCUGUCCUCUUGUCUUGCAGCAGUCUCUCUUUACCAUGUUCUCGCCCUGAAAACAGAACUAGAAGCUCUGCGCAGCGAGCUGAUCUACAGGGUCCAGGCAAGGUCUUUGCUAGACCGGCCACCCAUGUACCGUGAUGAAAACAAAGCAGGUACCCCUGUUUCUUCCUUCCUGCAAGUAUCUGCAGUUGUCACCGGGCAGGAGAACAGGCUUCCUGGUCCUGGCCCAGCUGAGAGCUUCCAAAAGGAAAUCUGGAAUGGGAGUGGAAGCAGGGGGAGAAGAUCUGUUGUCCACACAGAAAAAACAGUGCUGCAGGCCUGCUUGCAACUGAUCGCUGACAGCAAAAGUGAUAUCCAACAGAAAGAUGACUCAAGCAUUGUCCCUUGGCUUCUGAGCUUUAAACGUGGAACAGCACUGGAAGAACAAGGAAAUAAAAUUGUGAUCAAAGAAACAGGAUAUUUUUUCAUAUAUGGGCAGGUUUUAUACACUGAUACAACAUUUGCUAUGGGACACCUAAUACAGAGGAAGAAGGCCCAUGUGUUUGGUGAUGAUCUCAGCUUGGUGACAUUGUUUCGUUGCAUCCAAAAUAUGCCACAGUCUUAUCCGAAUAAUUCUUGCUAUACUGCUGGCAUUGCAAAAUUAGAAGAAGGGGAUGAACUUCAACUUACAAUACCACGGAGAAGGGCCAAAAUAUCCUUGGAUGGAGAUGGUACAUUUUUUGGUGCAGUUAGACUCCUCUGAAGCCCUUCAUUUCUGUUUUGAUGCUUAAUCCAGUUUAAUUCUUUUCCUAUGCAUUUGUCAGAAAAAAUAAUGAAUUUUAAUAAAGCUGCCAAUUCAGUCUUUCUCCAUCUACCACCAGCUUCUGAGAACUUUUCUUUGGUUUAAUAAGUGAACACAAAACAGGAAACACACAAGACAUACUUGUGAGAUAUAACCAUCAUGUGAUCAACAGAAAGCAAAUUUAUUUUAGACAAUGGGAAACUCUAAAUAACAACUGUAAGGCAAUGGGGGUUUGGGCUUUGAAACUAUUUCUUUUCCAUAAGGCAAAUCAAAGGAGUUGACCAUAAAGUAUAGCAUUAGCAGGACAGUUAUCAAAUUGUUAUCCAUAUUUGAGAAGCAAAACUAAAAAACUAAAACACAAGAACAUCUUAAAUUAGCCUUGAUUCAUC